GGAGUUAUUUGGAAGAUGGCGCCCGUUGUUACGGGGAAGUUCGGUGAGCGACCUCAGCGUUUGACAAGGGAGGCUAUGAGGAAUUACUUGAAGGACAAAGACGACCAAACGGUGCUCAUACUGCACGCAAAAGUGGCACAAAAGUCAUACGGCAAUGAAAAGAGGUUCUUCUGCCCCCCGCCGUGCGUGUACCUGAUGGGCAGUGGCUGGAAGAAGAAGUUGGAGAGCAUGGAGAAGGAGGGCUGUACGGAGCAGGAGGCCCAGCCGUGUGCGUUCAUCGGGAUCGGCAACAGCGAGCAGGAGAUGCAGCAACUCCAUCUGGAGGGGAAGCACUUCUGCACGGCUAAGACGCUGUACAUUAGCGACUCGGACAAAAGGAAGCACUUCAUGCUGUCGGUGAAGAUGUUGUACGGCAACAGCGCCAACAUCGGCUUCUUCCUCAGCAAGAGGAUCAAGGUCAUCUCCAAGCCCUCCAAGAAGAAGCAGUCCCUGAAGAACGCCGAUUUGUGUAUAGCCUCAGGGACUAAGGUGGCGUUGUUCAACCGCUUGCGUUCCCAGACGGUCAGCACCAGGUAUCUUCAUGUGGAGGGGGGGAACUUUCUUGCUAGCUCCCAACAGUGGGGAGCCUUCUACAUUCACCUCUUGGACGACGAGGAGUCUGAAGGAGAGGAGUUUGCUGUGAGAGAUGGCUACAUUCACUACGGCCAGACGGUCAAAUUGGUCUGCUCUGUCACUGGCAUGGCCCUGCCCAGACUGGUCAUUCGCAAAGUGGACAAGCAGACGGCGUCGAUGGAUGCAGACGACCCGGUGUCCCAGCUCCACAAGUGUGCCUUCUACCUGAAAGAUACGGACAGGAUGUACCUCUGUCUGUCGCAGGAGAGGAUCAUCCAGUUUCAGGCCACACAGUGCUCUAAAGAGACUAACAAGGAGAUGGUCAACGACGGGGCGUCCUGGACUAUCAUUAGCACCGACAAGGCAGAGUACACCUUUUAUGAGGGCAUGGGCCCCGUCCCCACGCCGGUCACACCUGUCCCCGUGGUGGAGAGUCUGCAGUUAAAUGGCGGAGGAGACGUGGCGAUGUUGGAGCUGACCGGACAGAACUUCACCCCUAAGCUGAGGGUGUGGUUCGGAGACGUGGAGGCCGACACCAUGUACAGAUGCGGGGAGAGCGUCCUCUGCGUGGUGCCGGACAUCUCCGCCUUCAGGGAGGGCUGGCGCUGGGUGAGACAGCCGGUCCAGGUCCCCGUCACGCUGGUCCGCAACGACGGAGUCAUCUACUCCACCGCCCUCACCUUCACCUACACCCCCGAGCCCGGCCCGCGGCCCCACUGCAGCGCCACGGGGGCCAUCCUGCGGACGCGCAGCGCCUCCUCGUCGUCACCGGCGUCUUCCUCCUCGCCGUCGUCCUCCCUGGGCGGGCUCGGGGACGGCCACGGGGCGUACAGCUGCAGCGACUCGGGGGGGGCUUCGACCAUGUCGCUGCUGUCCCAGUGACUCGGGACGAGCGGGCGGCGUUCUCGCGCGCGCCUCGAAUGACUGAGCGGGAGAAUGCGAGCACGGACUUGUGAGCCAAAGAGGCUCGUGGACCUGCGAGGGAUCGCACGCAGAGUCGGAGGCUCUUCAUCGGAGGCUCUUCAUCGGAGGCUCUUCAUCGGAGGGCAGCUGUGAUGCUAAAGAGGGCUGGGGAGGAAAAAAAGACAAGCUUAAAGAGAAUACUUGGCAUAACUGAAGACUCUUUGUCUCCCUCUCCUGGUUUGUUUCGGACAUGUCAACAGCCGCACUCAAAGGACUUUGAUAGUCAAGAUCUUCACCUGAAAGAAGACUAAUCUGCCGUCUAACUCUCACAACGAACUGAUUUGUACAAGAGGCAUCUUGGUUUUGUUCAUGACUCUGGGUUUGUAGGCUGUUUCCACUUUGCUCUCUUUCUACUGAGAUCAUGUUCUGACUGACGUGUGCAAGGGAAAUGUUGUAAGAGUAACAUAGUUUUUACGGACCAAGGAAUAUCAUUAUUGUUGUUUUGUUCAUAUUAUAUUUUAUAAGCUUGUGCCGAGGUACAUAUUGACUUUUCUUUUCUUUUCGGUAUGAUACUGCAUAGUAAGUUCACUUUUGUUACCAAAUAGAAUUUGUGUUUUGUCUCAAUCUUCUAGGUCAGCGGGUUUAACCGAUCAGUCCCAAAAGACUUUCCCCAACUUUUUAUAUCAAAGAUGACAUUAUUCAUGAGUGUGUAGCGUAUGUGUGUGUGUGUGUGUGUGUGUGAUAACUUGUGAUGCACUCUCAGUGUAUUCUGGGAGACCAAGGUCGGUGUUUUCUAAUCACUGUGCCGUUUUUUUUGUACCAGAGUGCUUCAACUCCAAUCUAAUCGUGCCUCUUUCACCACAGCGGUGCUUCUUAUUCCACAGCGGUGAAGCCUUUUAGACAACAAUGACUGUGUAUGUAGAAUAACUGCUGAGUCAAGGAACAAAGAAAGAAGGUGAAAACUAACAUCUGUCUGGUCACAGUAGAGAUUUCAUUCUGUGCACAUGGCACAGCACUUAAAGGGACAGUUCACCCCAAAAUCAUUGAUACAUAUUGUUCCUCUUACCUGUAGUGCUAUUUAUCAAUCUAGGGACAAAGUGCCUUAAAAAAAAUAAAAAUACAUUUGAAAAAAAUCUGAAAUCAUGACGGUUGCUCAAGAUAAUUCACAGACCUCGUUGUGAGGAGUUUCAUGUGGGAACUGUGGUUGAAAGAAAAUAGUCCCCACAUGAAACUGCUUUAUGUGCCUUAUAGUCCCAUUAUAUUGGAGGGGGGGGCCUUUUUGUCAAAUAUAGCGUCUGACUGCAAAUGCAACAGAACUCCUUUAAAGCUGCGGUUGUGCUUCGGGUCUUGCGCGAUGAGGCGAUGACUUGUACAGAUUCAGACUCCUACUUUGUUCAGCAGCUUGAGCGUGAAGAUGUCCCUUUGUUCUGGCUGAAUAAACUAGUCCGGAAUGAUUAAAAGGACGUAUCCUUCAAAAUCACUGCACUGUAUUUGUCAGGUGUGUGUGUGUUGUGUUUCAAGGAAAUGUGUGGUGGGUCAGCCUGCUUGCUGCCACUUUUCAUGGCGAACAAUGUGGAUCAUUGGACACCUCUUUGUGGUACCACAAAGUCCCGGCCGAACGGUGCGCUCUCCUUCAUAGAACAGUCCGACUAACGCGUCAGCUCUUGGUUUCAUUCAGCGUUUCUUUCAGUCGCCAGUCGCUAAACUAAAAGCGCCUCCUCAUACAGCGUUUUUUCGUGGCUCUUGGUUAAUGGAAAUCAGUGUCUCUGCUCCUCCCCCCCCCCCCCCCCCCCAUGAUGACAUCGCUCCAUCUUUUCAUUCUGCUGUAAUAGUCUUUCAUAAGUAAAUCAAGCCGCCGCCAAGGUUCCUCGUGGAAAUUGUGUUGAAUAAAAACAAGCUGAAGCUGAACGUCACUCAGAAGCGUUUGCUUGUGUUUUUUUAAAGAGAGCUUUCGUUUUUUGUUUUUGUUACUUACUUCUUUUCUCUCAUCAUCAACGAGUGGAGUAUGUUAUAUAAAUGUACUCUCUACUCACUCAGACCCUGCAGAGGCCUUAUUGGACAUGUGCCACUUGGGCAUGCUCCACAGGCUACAGGUCAAUGCUGGCCCACUAUUUAUAAACCGGGAGCUGAGUUGCUGGAAAGAAACCUGACACUUUGUUACUGUUUAAGUCGAGUUGUUACCGUGUGUGUGAGUGUUUGUGUGUGUGUAGUCCUGUGAUCUCUCUGUGCCCCUCACACUCUUGAUACUUCUAGUUUGAGGACACGGUACUGAAUGCGUCUGGGUACGCUGGAGAAAUCUUUGGCAACAGGUGCGCCAUCGUUUACUUCAUUCAUCCACGUAGCUUGGAGAUCUGUGAACAAGGACCCAGACGGCCGGGCCACACGCUCCUCCCAGCAUGAUAGUCUUGAUCCUCACCUCCCAUAGUGACGGCUAAGGAGGCCUUUAAUUGACCCUCCAGUAAAGCCAUAAAAACCAGACAGGUGGUGUAGUCAGCUGGCAGGAGUGACUGUUCUGUUGGUUUUACGUGUCCAUGGUGUGGAUUUGAACGCAGUUGCUCAGUUCUGUUACAAAUGACAUGACUAUAUAAAACUUCCCA